AUGUCCAAUCUCAGCAUUCGCGAAACACCCGCCCAGCGGCAUAGCUAUCCUUGCAUGACAUGCUUCCGCUCAGCAUUGGGGGCCUCUGCAGACAUGCUCGCCAAAGCGAAACCUACCGAUGAUAUCCAAAAAUCCAUCAAACCCACAUGCUUCUUCAAGGAUGCUGGAAAGACUAAGUGUAGUCUGUGUUUGGCGUACGAGAUGAACUGCACUCUUGCUCCUGCGAUGCUCGAGGGCGAUUGGAUUUGCUUGACGGAGAUUCUCGAAUGGGUUGAUCAUGUCCUCGCUACUCAUAUCCCAGCUGAGACUCGUCAUGCUCUCGUCCAUGCCCUUCACCGUCUAUGCGUGACGUUCGAUGCCGUGAUUACUGCUCACUGCAAGGAGUUUGGCUUAUCCCUCUCUCCGUACGGAAAGCCAGACAGCAAAACUUUCAUCGCCUACGAGUCCGCAGUAACAGCCCGCCGUGGUGUCAAAGCCCAACUCUUUCCUGCCCACAAUCGCGGUUCGCUAGUCCAAAAUUGGUCUCGGUGGAACCGCGCUCAGCUGCUUUACCUGACCUCUGGGGAUGUGAGUCUUGCCUUGGGGCCAGUGGGCGUUGAUUAUAACCCUCUGCGGGAUAUCAGGGCGCGCUUUGGUACAGAUAUUCAUAACCCGUCGGGUGAGCUUGACGAGGCGGGUUUCCAGGACUUUAUUUAG